AUGUCCAAAGUCUGGCCCAAGGGCCAAUUGCGGCCCGCAUUCUGGUUUAAUAUGGCCCCACAGGUUAUUGGAAAAUCCAGUCUGUUGUGGCCCCCAGUGAGUCCCCGAGCGCUGCUCAGGAUCCCUGGAUCUUUGAAUGCCGCGGUCCUGAGCGGCACGCAGGGUUUCACUGGGGGCCAAGAGAUCGCAAGAACGCAGACGGAUGUGCAGUCACUGCUCGUCCUCAGUCUGAGUUCUCGCAAUCUCUUGGACAUCGACAUUGCGGAAUUUGGUUUGGAGGCAGCGAAUAAAGGUACAGUGAAUGAAGGUACAGAGAAUGAAGGGGCAGAGACUGAAGGUACAUAUAAUGAAGGGGCAGAAUAAAAGAGAGAAGGGGCAGAGAAUGAAGGGGCAGAAUAAAAUAAAUCCAAAGUCCAAAUAAAUAAAAAAGACAUUGUAUUCAAUCCCUCCCCUUGUUAUACAUCGUCCUGUUCCUUCUCUACUAUUACACACAGCUUUACCUCUUGCCCAAUCAUACACAUUUUUGAACUCUCCUGCCAUCCCCCCACCUCAGAUACCCACCUCCCUGCCAUCUCCCACCCCCAGAUACCCAACUCCCUGCCAUCUCCCACUCCCAGAUACCCACCUCCCUGACAUCUCCCACCCCCCAGAAUAA